AUGUUUGUGUCAGUGAUGAUGGCAGGAUGCAAAAGGACUGUGAAUAAGUCACUGAUACUGAUAUGUCUUCAUCUGCUUGGGAUGGCUCUCUCAGCGGAUAACAUCUACCCAAGGAUACGUCUCUCCCACAAAGAACUUUGGCAGAUGAACAGGACCUGGGUGUUCCAGGGUCGUGGCGUCCCUCUUCAGCCUCAGACUAUGUUGCUGGAUGAAAUCCACCAGAGACUUUAUGUUGGUGCUAAAAAUGCCUUGUUCUCCCUUAGCCUGGACAGGGUUAACUCACAUUACAGACAGAUUAGCUGGGCCAGUACAGAAUCUCAGAUGGAGGACUGUAUGAUGAAGGGGAGGGAAAAGCCUGAGUGUGCAAACUACAUCAAAGUGUUGCAGCAAUACAACCAGACCCAUUUGCUGGUAUGUGGGACAGGAGCCUUCAACCCUAUCUGUGCUUUGGUCAAAGUGGGACACAAAGGACAGGAGACCAUGUUUGCUCUUAAAGAGGAGAGCUUUGUGAGUGGUAAAGGACGUUGUCCGUACGACCCAAAGAGUUCCUGCAUAUCUACUCUCUCCAGAGGAGAACUGUACAUUGGCUUGUACACUGACUACUGGGAGAACGAUGGUGCGUUGUGUCGACUUAACAACCACACUUACACUCGGACUGAAAGAAAUGACAGACAGCAGCUCAAUGAGCCUAAGUUUGUGGCCUCAGCAGUUGUUCCUGACAACGACGACGGGGACGAUGAUAAAGUUUACUUCUUCUUCACCGAGCGAGAGAUGGAUGCGGACGGAAUGAACAGGGCUGUGUACGCCCGCGUCGGCCGAGUCUGUGCGAAUGACCUGGGAGGACAGAGGAUGCUGGUGAACAGAUGGAGCUCUUUCCUGAAAACACGUCUCAUCUGCUCUGUUCCUGGUCCAUUCGGCAUGGAUACACACUUUGAUGAUCUUGAGGAUAUAUUUGUUCUCAACAACAAAGACAAAAACAAUCCAGAAGUUUUUGGCCUCUUCAGCACAACAAGUGCUGUGUUUAAAGGUUAUGCAGUGUGCGUCUAUCACAUGGACGACAUUAGAGCAGCUUUUAACGGACCAUUUGCCACACGAGAGAGACCCGAGCAUCAUUGGACUCCUUAUGAGGACAAAGUCCCCUACCCCCGACCUGGUUCUUGUGCCAGUAAAGUGAACGGUGGAGGCUUCUCCAGCUCAAAGGAGUUUCCUGAUGAAGUUCUGCGCUUUGUGCGCUCCCAUCCUGUGAUGUUUCGUCCAGUCCUUCCGCAGCAUCACAGACCUGUCCUUCUGCAGACAGAGCCAGGCAGAAGAAAGUUGACCCAGAUUGCAGUGGACAGAGUCCAAGCCCAAGACGGGCACUACCAUGUCCUCUACAUUGGCACCGAUGACUCUGUGGUUUUGAAAGUUAUCACCAUUUAUAAUAAAGACACAGACACCAUGGAGGAGGUGCUGCUGGAGGAGUUGCAAGUGUUCAAGGUGCCUGCACCAAUUACAGAGAUCAUUAUAUCACCGAAACGGCAAACGCUGUAUGUGGGGUCAGCAGUGGGCAUUGCACAAGUCAGACUGCACCAGUGUGAUCUCUAUGGUUCAGAGUGUGCUGACUGUUGCCUGGCCAGAGACCCAUACUGUGCCUGGGAUGGGCUCACCUGCUCCAGAUACUACCCUGCUGGAGUUUACACCAAGAGCAGACGAUUCAGACGGCAAGAUGUUCGCCAUGGCAACGCCGCACAGCUGUGCAACGGGCUGCAAAUUGAUGAUGAACAAUGGCAAAGAGCAGAGGAGAGGCUCGUCUACAGCGUGGAAAGCAACAGCACUUUACUUGAAUGUGUCCCUCGAUCACUUCAAGCCAAGGUCCUCUGGUUCUUACAGACAGAAGGAGAGAAACAUGAGAUACGAGGUGAUGAGAGGAUCAUCAUGACCCCCCAUGGGCUCCUGUUCUUACAUGUGAGAAGCUCUGAUGCGGGUGUGUACGUGUGCCAGACGGUGGAACAUGGAUAUGUGCAUACUUUACUUCGGAUCAGUCUGAAUGUGCUCAGAGGGGAGAGGUUGGAGUCAGUGAUCAACUCGCCUAAUGACGGAGCAGGAGACAGAGCUGCACCUCCAUGCUCCUCCGUCAUUGCCCCCCCACCGGGGCCUAGCGUCAGCCCCAGGUCUCUGCUGCCACCCUCGGUCCCAGUUCCCAACUCCAGGCUGUGGUACAAAGAGUUCCUGCAGCUAAUUGGCUAUGGUGACGCUCAGAAAGUAGAAGAGUACUGUGAGCGAGUGUGGUGCUCUGAUAAGAAGCGUAAAAAGACCAAACGGAGGUACGCUCCUCUGGGAGGUGAAAAGAAAGGAAAGGGAAGAGGAGACGAAAACCCCCACCGAGCUCCCAGGCACACCUUUGACACCUGAAGAGAACACAGACUCAUCUCACACACACACACACGUUUACACACACGCAAACAUACUGUUUAAAGGUCAAACUCGCUCACUGUGUGCCCCACUUUAGAGGUUUUGGCUUUACUUUAAUUAGGAGCAGUAAAAUAAAAGAAUAAAACAGUAGCAGACUGUUUUGAAUCUGUAGCUACAUCUGUGUGUCUUUGCUGCCAAAUCUCCUCUUUUCUUUAAAUUCAUACUGGACUCUGCAAGCAUCACUGUUGAAGGAGAUUCCCUGGACAGAUGGAGAAGACAUUAGGUUGCCUCUGACCUGAGAGACUAAACCCUGCUGCCAAUCAAAGCCCACAGUCUGCUUCAUUUAAAAAAAAAAAAAAAAAACUGCUCACACUGUCACUGGCUCGCAGAAAAUUACUAACAUGUUCUGUAUAUAAUGUGAAAGAAUAUAGCAAUGUC